UCUGACAUUUUGUGAAUUUUUGUGCUUUAUCGCUAAUUAUAUUAUUUUAUUCUUAGCUAUUUAAGUCAAAUUCAUGUUACAUAUAAUUCACCACGAUGCCUUGAGGAGCCUUAGGGCCUCAUGUUUUCUAGUGUGAUAAUAUUAGAGUGCAGUGUAACACUAUAAGUGAAGGUAAAAAUGGAUUCCGAAGGAUCCAGUUCUGGUCUGCCGGGUUCAGACAACCAAGAUUCCAAUGAGCCCACUCCUCCAGGAACCGUUAUAAGUUUUAAGAGUACUCCGCCCACUCUGCCUCGCAAACUGCUCCCCUCAUCCAAAGGAGUGGAGAAUGCGAAGAAACGUCUCCGAGCAUUUUCUAUCCAGAAGAAGACACCAAUCACAGCCGUCCCGCUGGCCAAGCCUGCAAGUUCAGCUGCGGGGACAGGCACCACAGUGUUGAUCGGUAAGCUGUCGAGUGUGAAGCCCGUGCCCCCCAAGGUCGUUGAAGAUGAGGCCAAGAAGUUGCCGAAGCCCCCUAAACCUGGAGCUAACAGAAAGAAUUUUCAGGACUCCUACACGGAGUUGCAGAAACGCACGCUCGCCGAGAUCGAAGACAUGAAGCGUAAGAUGGAGCUAGUGGACCUGGGGAUCCCGCUGGGGCUGAUCUGCCCUAGCUCCACCAACGAGCAGGCCAUGCCCACUAAAGCCAUGCCACCGAUCAAGACCUUCCUUGAUGCGAGUAAAGUCGACGAGAUAAUCAGAGACGCAAAGAAAGCGAGGGCCGAAGGUAAACAGUUCAAAUUCGACUACCAGAAGAUUCUGCCUGACUACGAUAACCCCUUCCAACGUAAAGUAAAAGAUGACGGCGAGAAGGAAAAAGAAGAUGCUGCAGAAAAAGAACAGACACACAAGUCCCCUCGCCCUCCAAAACUUAGUAGAAUAUCUGUCAGCAGAAGUAGGGACAGUAAGAGGAAAAGUGACAGAUACGAGAGUUCCAGGAGACAUUCUGACAGAUACGAUAGACCUAGAAAAAACGAUAGGGAUAGGCAUAAAGAGAAACAUACUGAUAAGAGUAAAGAAAGGGAUUCUAAGAGAGAAACUAAAGAUCCAGCGAAAGGCGGAGGUUCAGAGAAUGUAGUCGAACAAGACCCUAAAGAGACAGACGUUAAUCUCAGUGAUUACUUGGUGUGUGACAGUUGGUCGUUGGACAACGAUGACAAAACCGCAAGCCCCCAUGUUGACGACAAAUCUAAAGCUACUCCUACAAAAGAAAAUAAAUCUAAAGAGGUUGACAAAACUACAAAAGAUUUCGUUAAAAAGAAAGAGGAUCUGGAGAAAGAAGCAAUUUUAAAAGCAGUCGACAGCCCAAGUCUGAAAAAGAUAGAGAAACUACAACCUGUUAACGAUUCCUUUGAAUUUGAAAUAGACCCUAAUGAAGACGAAAUAUUGUUUGAUGAGGAUUCUAAAACAGAUGACUUUGCUGAAGUUAAACCUAAGAAAAGCUUCGAUUACAACCAAGAUACGAACAUGUCUGACAGUUUAGCUGAUGACAAUUUCCUAGAAUCGGUUAUAAAUGAAAUUAAACAAGAAAAUAUAAGUGAUGAUGAAAGUCAAGAUAAAGGUUUAGUUGAAUACGAUUCUCCUGUAGUUGACUUUAAAUGUCAAGGCACGCCUGAACUAGAUGAUGAUAGCAGGCAACGUUUAAGUCGAACAAGUGACUAUAGCGACAGCUACAGAUCUACUGACAGCGGCUGUAAGAGUACUGAAAGUGGAUACAGAAGUACAGAGAGUGGAUACACCUCUAAAAGUGACAGGCAGAAAAGUUCAGAAAAGAAGAGUAAAGGUAGAAAAGAUAGAGAGAAGAUAGCGGAGGAAAAGGAGUUUUUGUCGGUGGAGAAAGAAGAUGAGACUUUGGAGAAGAAGGUGUCGAGGUCUACGAUGGUGUCGCUGGAGAUGUGGGACUUUGUGCUCAAGAUAUGCCAACCGCUGCUGUUUCGACAUGAUAAGACCAAGUGUUACAAACAAACCCGCGUGCAGCCCAGCGUGUGGUGGGCGACGCGACCGACAGCGUGCAACUGCGUGCGCGGGCGCGGCAUCGUGCUGACCGAGCUGCGCGCGCAGCGCAUGGCGCUCGUGGACCGCGUGUACUCCACCGACCAGAUAUCCGACGGCCCAUUCGCAACCAAACGCAGCUGGUAUCCGCCCCUCGAUCAGUGCGUCACCGAGAACGCCACUGUACUGUCUAGAGAGGAGGCGGCGCCCCGCGCCGAGGGGCCGCCGCCCCAGAAAGAGGCGCCGCCUCAAAAAGAUGGGGCGUCGCCCCAAAACGAGUCCAGCGUAGAGGGAAUGCCGCUUUGUAAGGGGGUCGAGGGGGCGAGGCCCCGCGCUGAGGGGGCAGAGGCGAGGCCCCGCGUCGAGGGGCCUGAGGGAAGGCAGCGGCGGCCGAAGGGGGCAGGCACGCCGCAGCAUGGAGACACGCAGUUACUAGAUCGAGAAUAUCAGAGGUUUAUGGAAGCCUUGGAAGUCGCGGAGGCUCAGGUUCAAUCCCGCAGCACGACGCCCGUCCGCGCAGAAGACACAGAACAGAAGAGAGCAGAAGAGAAGAAGUUGAAGCUGAGUAGCGAGGGCUGGAGUCAGGAGAGCGAGGUCGACGAGGAAGUCGGGAAUGCAAGCAUGGGGAAGAAAAGCAGAAAACAGAAAGGGGAAGAGAAAGAGAAAGCUCGUAAGAGGAAGAGAUCCCCCUCCACCCUCUCCUCCGCCACCGACGAUGAGGAGGUCAAGAGGAAGAAAGCCAAGAAGAAGAUGAGUAAAAAGUCUAAAACUAAGCUAGCGAAGCGUCGUCGCACAGAGAAGAAAUAUAUGAAGAAGCUAAGAGACAAACAGAAGAAGAAGAAAGUUAAGGCGGUGAAGAUCUCUGAAGAAGAGGAAGAAUCGCCCAAAAAGAAAUUAAAAGACAAGAAAAUUAAAAAGAAACUAAAACUAAAGAAAAUCCAAAAGAAGAAGAAAAAAGCAAAAUCCAGCAGCUCAUCCAGCAGUUCGUCCAGCUCCGACUCCGACAACAGAAAGAAAAAGAGGAAAAACAAGAAAAAGAAAGAGGAAGCUUUCGACGUCAACAUUCUUAACAAUAUCAAGACUGAGAAAUUGACAGAUGACGAGAAAUGCCAUAAGAUGAUAGAGGAUUUCUCUCCUAGGAGACAGCAGGAGAAGAGACAGGAAAUUAUCAAUGUGAAGGAGUUGGGGGUUCAGAUAAAGCAGGAGGUAGAGGAAGAGGAGGAAAGGAUGGAGACAGAGGCUAUGGAUGAUUUUGAUCUGAGCAAUAAUGAUGAGUUUAUGGAUGCCGGUAAUGUGGAGAAGAAUGAAUUCAAGGAACCCCAAGAGCGCUUAACACCGCAAAGACCCGAGGAGAACUCCCAAUGCUCCUCCCAGGACUCGGCGUUCAGCGAGAAACCUCCCUCCUACGAGAAAGACGAGAGCCACCUCCGGCCCUCCUCGCAGAACUCCAACUACAGCUUUAAUGACGUCAUCGCGAGCCAAACUGGACUCUAUAACAAGGGCAUAGAGGCGGAUGAGAAUGAAUAUGAACCAGAGAAUUAUGAGAUGUACGAGCAACUGGCGAUGGCGUACCAGAGCGAUGUUGCUAGUAAUCAAGUACCUCUACCUAGUGAAGAAGGCACGCAGCGAAUAGAGACGGUGGUGCGGCGGCGGCUCGGCGAGAUCAAGUGCGACUGGCGCGCCGGCGCCGCGCCGCCCCGCGCCGCCCGCGCCGCGCGGCCCAGCCGCUGGGGUUUGAAGCCGGGCGAGGUGAACAUCGUGCUGACUGGCGGGUCUGACUUCACUCCGGAGCCCGUGUACCGCAUCGACACCAUCACCAGCAGGAACGACAACAGCUCAGGCAGCUACGAUGAGGCCUACAUGGACAUGUACGGCGCGAUGGACCGGCUGCAGUACGGCGACUGCUUCUCCGCGUGCGACGCGCAGUCGCAGUCGCAGCAACAAUCGCAGUCGCAGAAGGAGAGGCGCGGGACACUGGACGAUAGGAUCGAUCAGGCGUUGAGGCACACUGUUUUGGGUGAGAUAGCGAUGGAGCCGGAAAAUAAGGACACGGACACUGACCGGGACAACAGGGAGAAAGGGAUACUGAUCACGGCAGGCGUUGGGCGCGGCUUGAAGCGCGUGAGCUUCGCGGACGGCUACAAGCCCGGCCAGGACUCCGACACAGAGGAACCGCCGGUUAAGAAGCGCCUGCGCUCUCGUCGGGUGGGGUGCGCGUGGCCGUGCCCGGCGCAGCACGCGGACCACGUGCCGCUGUGGGACGCGCUGCCGCCGCCCCCUCCCCCGCCCGGCUCGCCGCCGCCCGCGCCGCGCCCCGCGCCGCCCCUGCACCUGCUGCGCCGCCCCCCCCACCCGCUAGGGCUGCGGCCGCCGCACCCGCAACACAAGUUCGAUCCCAACGUGCCAAUGCCCGCGUUCAUGCCACCGGAGCCUCCGCCCGGACUCAUCUCCUUCCAGUAG